GAGAGAGAGAGAGAGAGAGAAAGAUGGGAGGAGGAGGCGGGAGAGAAGGGGAUUGGGAGUGCAGUGGCUGUGGGAACAGAAACUACGCUUUCAGAUCCUUCUGCAACAGGUGUAAGCAGCCUCGUCUUCUUGUUGACACUAAAACCCCCGCCGAUUCCAAAUGGCUCCCCCGUAUUGGUGAUUGGAUCUGUGCUGGUUGCACUAACAACAAUUAUGCGUCAAGAGAGAAGUGCAAAAAGUGCGGCCAACCGAAGGAGGUAGCAGCAAUGCCAGCAGUUGCAAUGCCUGGAGCUUCUCUCCCAACUCAUCCACAUUAUUUUACCAGGGCACAAGGACUUCUGGAACAAACGAUGAGUCCUGGAUUAGUAGGCAGUGGAGUACUCCAGCAGUCACUACCUUUGAGUUCUAACUGGUCCUUAGGAGGGGCUGAUACAUAUGGAUUUCAGCCUGCGGAUAGGUAUGGAGUUCAGCCAACUUCUACUUGGCCUCCAGGUGUGGACCACCAUUCCACUGUUCCAUAUGCAAACCAAUCAAAUCAACUUCUGAUGGUUCCAAAAGGAUGGCGUAGUGGUGACUGGAUCUGCACCUGUGGCUUCCACAACUACUCUUCUCGUGCUCAGUGCAAAAAAUGCAAUGCUUCUAUGCCACCAAAUACAGCCUCAUCUGUGGUUAGCACAACAGUUACAGCUAUUGGAACUAAACGAUUGGCUUCUGAAGAAUUCGUUCAUGAAUGGGAUAAUAAGAGACUGAAUGCAGGACAGACACUUGGGCUGCAACAAGCCUACCCAGGAGUUGAGCAAAUAUUUGGCUCUGUUGGAAAUCAAACAGCUGGUUUGUACCCGCCAUAUCUCAGUGGAAACUCAGCGGUGGCUUCAAACUUGCAAGUCAACCUGCAGCUCCCACCACUACCAGCAGCUCCUACACUCCUUGGUAAAGGAGCAAAGCAAUGGCGUGACGGGGAUUGGAUGUGCACGAAUUGUAACAAUCACAACUAUGCUUCUCGAUCGCAAUGUAAUAGGUGCAAGACUCAGAGGGAGGUGCUUGCUCCGCCAGUUACCGCUGCAUAGAAGUUGUGAAGGCUUUAUUGUGAUAUAGCUUUUACCUGUCUUGAGAAUUUGCUGAAUAUUUGAUUUGGUAUUUUUUAAUUGGCUGGGAGAAAUGAGGUUUGCUACGAUGCAUUUAAUGUCCCUUUAGUAAUUCUGGAAGACAGUUGCAAUGGCUAUUCAAUCUCAUGAAUGUAAUUGACAGCUUAUCGGUUUUUUGGUGCGUGAGUGAGUUAGGUUUCAAUAUUAAAGGUGCUAUUCCAGCAUCAGUAGUCAUUUGUAAUCCCGCUGAAAUUUCUUUAAAUGUUGCUUGCGCAUUGUUUCAUCUUCAUAAUCAUGAAAAACCUCAUCAUUACUAUCAGGAAUUGUACUCGUUUAUGGGUGAAUCGAAGCUGGAAUGAAGAGAUUCUGGACUUGCAAUGUACAGAUUUACUUCCUUGAACUAAUUCUCAGUUUUAUUUACUUUAUUUUACAACUCUAGGUGGCACCACAUUACACCCAGUGUCACAACAGUUGACAAAACAUAGAAGAACAAAACGUUUCAUCACUCUCUCUCUCUC